AUGACCACAAAUCCAGAUACACCCUGGGUGGCCCAUGGCUCAGAAGAAUUCGAGGAGGUCGACGAACCACCUGAACUAAACUUCAAGAAGCAACAGUUUACUGCCAACGAUUUCCAGCGAACUUCUAUUCGACCUUCAACCGAGAAGUCCUCCUUGUUGACCAAGGCGAUCAAUGGAAACUCGGAUGACGACCUGUACACUCCUCAGAACACCACUCACACCCAACAGCGACGCCGCUCUCUCGUCAGCAACGUUAGCUUCGCCUCGACCGCCGACCUCACCAGUGAUACUGGCUUCACCAGCCCUUCUCGACCAAGCACCCCGAGCCCACCUCUUCCCGAAAUGGCCAUGCUUCGUCUUCACCACGACCGCGCUCCUGAGUCAACUCAGGCUUCUCUUCUCGAUGCUGCUGUGAAGUUGCAGCAAGCUAAGCCCGAGGAGCCCAAGAAGCGAUGCAUUCAGUUUGCAUGCGGUGGCAAGCCUGCUGCCCCAGCUCAAGCCCCAGCGCAGCCACCUCGCUCCCAGCCCAUGGCUAAGGCCCCUUCUGCCCAGGAAGCCCCUCGCAAGUCUUGUAUCAAGUUUGCAUGCCCACCUCGACCUGCGUCAACUCAAAACACUCCUCCCCGCUACACGGAGAUCAGCACUGGCCGCAAGGACGCUACUCCCAAGGCAUCCCCAUCUACUCCUAAGCGAACUUCCGCCUUGUCUGCUGCCCCUCGACAAAUUACCCCUCGCCGUCAAUCCGUGUCGCGUCCCAAGUUCCUCCGGGCCGACUCUUCUGACCUCGCUACGGAUAGCUCUCAGUUCCACGAGUUUGCCAGUGGUAUCACCCGUGAGGAUGACUGGAUUCGACGGGACAGCAAUGCUGUUGGAGUCAAGUUGACCAUCAACGACACCCUGACCAAGGAGAACAACAUCCGACGGUUGGCUACCGAGGCAGAGCAAGAGGCCGAGGAAGAAGAUGAGCUCGACGAAGAGGAUGCUGAUGCCGAUGAGGACGACGACGACGAUGAGGAGGAAGAUGAGGAUGAGGACGAACUCGACGUUGACCUCGACGAGGAUGACGAUGAAGACGAAGACGACGAGGACGAUGACUCCGACGGUUACCACACCGACGAAGAGACUGGAUUCGCCGACUCUGAUGACGAUGAUGACGACGAUGACAUGCGUCUUUGGACUCCUGGUGCCAAGUCUGUCGUUCACAUUGGAUCUGGUGCCACUAUGAUGCGUCGGCCCUCCCUUCAUGAGAUGCAGUCCGAUUCUUCAAUUGCUACCGUCAACAGCCAGCGAGUCAAGCGCCGUACCAAGAACGUUAGAUACGCUGAGGAGACCCCCGAUCUUCCCGAUAGCACUGACUUUGUGUGUGGUACUCUGGAUGAAGACCGUCCUCUCGAGGAAGCGUACCUUUCAUGCCUCGCAGCUCGCCGAAAUGAGAAGCUCCGUGUCAUUCCUCAAGACAUUGACCCUAGCUUCCCAGCUUCCGAGCCUGAGGAGGAGAACGAUGGCGAGAUCUUCAACCCCGUUCACCACGAAAGUGACGCCGAUGAGUUCUUCGGUGAGAUGGAAGACUUACACCAGGACCGUGACCGCUCUCGCCGCCGACGCAAGAGCGAGCAUGCCUCCCCCAAGCGAUUCCGCUCUCCACCUCCCAAGCGUCUUCACUCGCCUCCUCCCAAGGCACGAGCCCGAUCGCCUAAGCCUCUCUUCAACCGUCAAUCACCUCGCAGAGCGAAGUCCCCCGCUCCCAUGCGCAAGCCUAUCACUACCCCCCUUGGAUCUCCUCGCUGCGGCCAAGUCAACUUCAACCUUGCUGGCCGCCCCGGUCUCACCCAAACCAAGUCCCUGCCCCGUGGUGGCGCCAUGUGUCACCAGCGAAAGCACCCCCGAAACAAGAUGACCCACGAUAACGAUACUCAUAUCCGUGGUGCCAUUGACAUCACCAAGGGCUUGGAGAGCAAGCGUCAGCGCCGCAAGGAGAAGUUCCACCAGAAGUACUGCAACCGCGCUCGCCGUGGUAAGAUUCCCGAGCCCAAACCCGUUCCCGGUCGUGGUACCGAACGUAUGCGAGAGCUCGGCCUUCUGAUGGCUGGAAAGAAGGACCAAACCAACUACGUCCUUUCCAUCUAA